AGCGUAGUAAGCAAUACUAUUGAUACAACAAUCAAGACAGGACAGCGUGUUCGCGAUGCCGCCGAAGGUGCCACCGCCGCCGCGGCCGGAUCCCAUCACGCUCGACCAGAUCUACGCCCAACUGACGUCCAGCGACGUCUCCUUCGACACGAAGGCGUACAACGUCGUGGCGCUCAACACCGUCGCCUUCCACUCUUCCGUGAAGCUGUUCUUCUUCGACGACCCCGCGCUAGCGUCCACGGCGGCUGCCGGCACCUCGGCGGACGCCACCGCCGCCGUGGCUGGCAAGCUGCGCAGGGAAAAGCUUAUCAAGAACGUCGCCUUCAUGCUCGCCCAGCGCAACAACGCCAUCUGUCACGAGUGUCGGUGGGAGACGGUGUCGCUGCUGGGCGAGCUGUGUCGACUCGAUCAGACCCACAAGGGUGCCCCCACCUCCGCGCCCGCGUUACUGGAGGCAAAGCUUAACGGGUACGCGAAGGCGAACUUGGAGUUUCUCGCGCAGCUGCCGUGGUUUCUGCCUUCCAUCGACGCCAUUAUCAAGGCGGGUGGUGGACACGAAGAGGUGAGUGAAGGCGGCACGACGGCCGGCGCCGUUAGCGGUGAAGCGGUCGCGGCCUCUGGGAGCAGUAGUCGUGCCGCUCUGAAGGAGAAGCUUCGCGCCGCCCGUCAAGCACAUCAACACCCCCACAGGGGCAACGACGGUCGCACCGCAGCGGAUGUCGUGGAAGGUAUGGAGGAAGACGAGGACGUGGUCAUUGCACUCAUGGAUAUCCGCCGCGCCCUGCCGCGCUACACGAAGCCCACCUCGCCGAGCGCUGUGGGAGGAUGCUUUGACUGGACAGAUGCCAAUGUGGAGCAGGCGCGGGACUUAAUGUUUGUCGACGCGUCCACCUCGAUGUUGCACCUCAUCCCGGCGGUGGCCCGCAGCGGCAGUGACGUGUGUGCGCAGUGUCUGAAGCGCGCCCCCGCGACGACGACCAGCCCGGCGCUCCUCCGCUGUGGCAGCUGCAAGGCGGUGUACUACUGCUCCCCAGAGUGUCAGAAGGCGCACUGGACCACGGUGCACCGCACGCCGUGCCGCGCCUACAAGGCCCGCUGCGACAGCAUUCUGGAGCAGUACUACGCCGCGAACAGCGUGAGCGCGAAGCGGAAAAAGAAGGAGCUGGCGACGGGCGAGGUGGUGAUCCUCGAGGUGCCGCUGGAGCCGAGCUUGUUUUACGAGACCCGCCGCUACUUGUACGACCACCGCGACGAGUCCUUUGAGGGGGUGGAGUUCUCGGAGUACUUUAUGAAGUAUAACGUGCGGGGGACGUAG